AUGCUCGUUCGACAAACAAGAAAGGGCAUCUUUGCCUUGCAAUCAAGGCUUCUCUCGAAACCGCAUAUUGCGACAACCCUUGGUCGCCGUCAUGGCAGGCAGCUUGCCACAGCCGUCGACGACUUCCCACUUAACAAUUAUGGCGGCAUUCAUGAGCAGCUUGCCCGAUCGGGUCUGCAGCCCUUCCAGACUCCUCUACAAUCUCAUGCCGACCUUCGAGCUUUCGACCCGAUGACAAACAUAUUGACCGUCCCCGAGCCUUCAGAAGCUCGACCAUUCGGCAAGAUCAACAACAAGGGCGUCCCCGGCGAUGUUGAGGAGAUGAUACCAGUUUUCGAUGCUUGUGUCCGCGUAGGCAAGCUAGAGAGAGCCGCUCUUGUGCUAAAGCGACUCAAUGCAACUGGUUUGAUUCCUGGCGACGAAAUGAUCAUUUUGCACAAUCAAUACCUCCGCGCCUCUCUCGAACAAUUACGAAUGACCCCCGACCGAAAGCAAGCCGAGAUGCUACACAAAUGGUACGAACUCCAAAUACGAAACACGGAUAUUCCGCAAACUGCAGAAACAAUUGCAUGCAUGCUCAAGGCCUCGCUUCUCUCUGAGCGUGGUGCCCGCUUGGAGCGUCUUGUCCACCGAUACAUGAGCAUGGCACCUGGUGAAUCCGGCUUGCGAGUGUUGAGCAUGGCCGAUAUUCUUAGCGAUCAAGAUCUUGGCGUCAUUACAGAGAUUUGCCCAACUUAUACUUUCGCACCCGAAGCCGAAUCCGACGCCCAGUACGUGACUAUGGCAGAGGAUGAGCAUCUGGACACACAGGAAGGGCAUGGCGAAACUACAGCAGCAGCCGGACAUGAAGCGUAUCCCGACAUCCGACCGACACCACAACGAGGAGAGGGUCUCAACGUUCUGAGAAAGAACCUGAACCUCAUCAACGAGCUCCAAAACGUGGACAUUUCCAAACUGCCACGCGAAGAGCAGCGCGAAUUCCAGUCCCGCCUAGAAAGAGACUCUAUUGAUAUUGCUAUUGAGAAAUGGCGGACUACUAAGAAAAACCUCGACAAGAUGCACAUCAACACGUCUCUGAAUGACAGGCACGAAGAAACUAGUCUUGCCGCGUGCAUGCAAGUGUGGCUUACAGCAAUGGAAGAACGCCUGAAAGAGGAGAUUCGCAAGGUCGACGAGUCCGAGGAGAGUGAAAACAAAACCGAAGAAGACUUGGAGCGAUGUAUCUACGGCCCGAUUCUGAGACUUGGGGACCCCACUAGGCUGGCUGCGGUCACAAUUCUUACCCUGCUCAAUACCAGCGCGAUCCAGGGUGUGGACAAGGGCGUAGUCAUUCAGCGUCUACUCAACGAUGUGUCCCGUGUGGCUCAGGACGAUAUUCGCACACAAAUACAAGAAAAUGCCGAGCUCGAAAAACGCCGACGUCGCAAGGUCAAGUUUACUGGAGACAAUGCCGAGACUCAGGCCACUGAGGAGAAAACCAUCACAGAUGCCGACGAACCAGUCUUGAGCAAAAAUCCCGCCAUGGGCUUAUGGUCUGUCCAAGUCAGAGCCCGAGUUGGGUCAAUCCUUAUCAAGUCUCUGAUCGAAACUGCAAAGGUCAAGGUUGUGAGGGAACAUCCCAUUUCCAAGGAAAGAAUCAGCCAAGUUCAACCUGCGUUUUCUCACAUGCAUGCGCCCCGAAAGGGCAAAAAGGUUGGCAUGCUGUUCAUCAACGCAGAUCUCGUUGAACGCCUGAAGCGAGAACCUAUGGGCGACUUUCUUGCUAAGCACCUCCCUAUGGUUUCUGAGCCUCAGCCUUGGAGACGCAUCAACGAGGGAGGUUUUCUGUCAAGCAAAGCCACCUUGGUUCGUCUCAAAACGGGAGAUGUUGAGCAGAGGCUCUACACUAAAGCAGCUAUCAAGCGUGGCGACAUGGAUCAAGUUUUCAAGGGACUGGACGUGCUGGGAAAGACGCCAUGGAGGAUCAACAACAACGUUCUUGAUGUCAUGGUAGAAGCCUGGAACAGUGGUGAUGCGAUUGCCAAUAUGCCCACCCUGACACCGAAUCUGGUCACCCCAGCAGAGCCCACAGGAUCUGAUCCCCUUCUUCGCCGAGCCUGGUAUCGAAACGUCAAGGCCGUCGAGAACGAGCGCGCUGCUCUUCAUUCUCAGAGAUGUUAUAUGAACCUGCAACUCGAGAUUGCUCGAGCAUUCCGCAAGCAGGUCAUCUACUUCCCCCACAACAUGGACUAUCGAGGCCGCGCUUAUCCUCUCCCGACAUACUUGAACCACAUGGGAGCUGAUCAUACCCGUGCUCUGCUCAGGUUUGCCAAUGGCAAGGAACUCGGCGAGAAAGGCCUUAGAUGGCUCAAGAUUCACUUGGCCAACUUGUACGGCUACGACAAGGCUUCCUUUAGCGAGAGAGAGGCCUUUGCCACCGAAAACCUGCCCAACAUUGUCGAGAGUGUUGCCAACCCUCUCGGUGGCAGCCGCUGGUGGUUAAAGGCCGAAGACCCUUGGCAAUGCUUGGCUGCUUGCUUCGAGCUAAAGGCUGCCCACGAUCUCGAGGACCCCACCAAAUAUGUCUCCAGUCUGCCAGUGCACCAGGAUGGUACCUGCAACGGUCUGCAGCAUUAUGCAGCACUCGGUGGAGAUACUUGGGGUGCUCAGCAGGUUAACCUCAUGCCUGGAGAUAGACCAGCUGAUGUUUACAUGGCUGUUGCCAACCUUGUCAAGGAGUCGAUCGCCAAAGAAGCCGAGAAGGGCAACCAGCUCGGCCAGAACUGCAUGGGCAAGAUUACCAGAAAGGUUGUGAAGCAGACAGUCAUGACUAAUGUCUACGGUGUCACCUUUUCGGGCGCGAAGCAACAAGUCUGCAAACAGCUGGACGCCCUGUACCCAGAAAUGUACAAGGAGACUGGCAUUCCCAAUCUCGUCACCGCCACAUACAUCGCAAAGCACAUCUUUGCAGCUCUCGGAACCAUGUUCCGUGGUGCCCACGAUAUCCAAUAUUGGUUGGGUGAGAUUGGCGCGCGAGCAUGCAGGGCCUUGACCUCGGCUCAGAUCGAGCAGCUUGCAGAAGAAAAGGAUACUCCCGCCGCCGGCGCCACUGCCGCCGCCACCAAGAGGAUGGAGUUGGAAGAGCUAACCUCGCAAUUCCGAUCGACCAUUGUGUGGACUACUCCCCUUCGAAUGCCCGUCGUCCAGCCGUACCGAAAAUCUACCACUCGAGAAAUCCGUACUUGUUUGCAGGCUAUUACGUACCCCACUCAGGGUAGAACUGAGCCCGUUGAUCGCAGGAAACAACUUCAAGGAUUCCCUCCCAACUUUAUCCACUCUCUGGACGCCAGCCACAUGCUUCUAUCCGCUCUCAAGUGCGAUGACUUGGGACUAAACUUUGCUGCUGUUCACGACUCUUUCUGGACUCAUGCUGCUGAUGUUGACAUCUUGAACGGAGUUCUCCGAGAAGCUUUUAUCCGAAUCCACGAGGAGGAUGUGGUUGGUCGAUUGGCAGUAGAGUUUGAGGCACGAUACAAGGGCUCAAUCUACCUGGCCAACAUCCCUGCAGAUAGCCCUGCUGGGCAUGCUAUCAAGGCUUUCCGCAAAAAGAGCAAGCUGACACUGAAGGAGGAGCUCUUGUUGGAGCACAAGCGCAACAACCUUAUUCGAUCCGGAAAUCCAUGGGACUUGGAGGCCGCAGAGAAGAUUCAAACACCAGCCUCGGUUUUCGAAGAUAUGGAAAUGUCCGAAGACGAGAUCGAUAGUGAGCAGGAUCCGGAGAAUGUGGGUGGUGGCCUGGGAGAGAUUCCCAAGGCGGAAUCCAGCCUCACCUCGGCCGUCAAGGAAGCCGUGCAGGAGAUGGAACCUGAAAGCACGGAAACGGCCGAGGAGCUGAGCGUCAUCCUUCUCAACCGUCUCAAGCAUACCAACUUUGAGGCAAACGUUAUCAACCCAAAGAAGGAGUUCAAGCACGCUGCAAAGAAGUUUGUCACCAUCUGGCGUCCCAUGACCUUCCCCAAGCUGCCCCAAAAGGGCGACUUUGAUGUCAGGGCCCUAAAGGACAGUCAGUACUUCUUUUCCUGA